GGAAGAAUUCCCAGAAGAGAGCCAUUGGUCUUAUGCGUACACCAAUUGCAUUCCAUUAAUGCGCGAAUGCAAUCUCCUGUUAGCCAAAAUAUUUACAACAAUCCGGAUGAAGAUUUCAGUUGUGUUACGGAUUUCAUCUCCCAAGUAAAACAGCUCAAACUUUACGUCUCUCUGGAGAAAUUGCACAAUAGCAAUAUUGCUAUCAGUUCUCUUACAUUUGACCUGUCGCCGUUUAAAAGCCUGGACUAUUUGGAGGUGAGUUCAAUAUGA